CCGGUGCGAUUGUAUGGGCCAGUUGAUCCGACUGGUUCUGGUGCUUCAGCACAAAUACAAGGCCCUCCAACCCCGGGAACUUUGGUUUCACCCACUAGUCCCAAUGCCUGGUUUCAUGCAACACCCCAACUCAUGUGCCCACCUCAUCCGACAUCCAUCACUGAUGCCUUUAAUUUUGCCCCUCCUAGAUCUCAAACACCUUCUGCACAGUCACCCAUUUUCCCUCCUUCAAAUUCCCAAUUUAAAGCCUCUGGUAGUAGCAGUAAUGUAGAAUCAACGACAGUGCAUUCUCAAAUCCGAUCGACGUCAAAUAAAUAG